GAGACUUAAACAUUUAUUAGUGCGCCUCAUAACCAGCCUACAAUAAAGGCAAAUCAAAUCUCUCUGUCUCUCUCUCCUCUUUCUCUCUCUAAGCGUUAUUACAGAGCAGAGAGAGAGUAAAAGAGGAAACGAGUGGAAGACAUGUCUGACGACGAGAGAUGCGAAGAGUACCUCUUCAAGAUCGUCAUCAUCGGAGACUCCGCCGUCGGCAAAUCCAACCUCCUCACCCGCUACGCCCGCAACGAGUUCAACCCCAACUCCAAAGCCACCAUCGGCGUCGAGUUCCAGACUCAGAGCAUGCUCAUCGACAACAAAGAAGUCAAAGCUCAGAUUUGGGAUACCGCCGGCCAGGAACGCUUCCGCGCCGUCACCUCCGCCUACUACCGCGGCGCCGUCGGAGCCCUCGUCGUCUACGACAUCACCCGCACCUCGACGUUCGAGAACGUCGGUCGCUGGCUCGACGAGCUCAACACUCACUCUGAUACAACAGUAGCGAAGAUGCUAAUUGGGAACAAGUGUGAUCUCGAGAGCAUAAGAGCGGUGAGCGUCGAGGAAGGCAAGAGCCUUGCGGAGUCUCAAGGUUUGUUUUUCAUGGAGACAUCGGCUUUGGAUUCGACCAAUGUAAGCACGGCUUUCGAGAUGGUUAUCCGCGACAUCUAUAGCAACAUCAGCCGGAAGCAGCUCAACUCUGAUUCUUACAAGGAGGAAGUAACCGGGAACCGGGUUAGUUUGGUCAAGAACGAGAGUGAAGGGACAAAGACAUUUUCUUGCUGUUCGAGGUAAUAUCUCUCUUGUCCUGAGGGGUUGGUUGGGUUUGGUGCUGUGUUGCCUGGGUAUAACUUAUAGUUACAGUGAAGACAGAGAGACAUUCUUUUUGGUUCUCAAUUGAAAGCUAAAGCUAAAGAGAGAAAGGUGUGUGUGUUUUGAGUUUCUUUGUUACAAAUACAGAAGAAAUGUAAGCAAAAUUGGACAAAGAAGUUUUAUCAAUGUAUAAGUUUAUACUCUCAUUUCUACUUCAUGUUCUUUGUAAACUUUGUGAGUGUUAAAAAAUCAUUUUUGAUA